GACUGAACCAGUCGUCUAACCUUAAACUCGAAGGCAUUUUCAAUAGUGUGUAAAAUAAAUAAAUUAAUAUAAAUAUAUACACAAUUAAUAGCCUGGAUAAGUUUGUUCUUAUUAAUUUUUUGCUUUAAAAUGGCAAUGCAAGACAGCGAGUCGCAAAAGCAAAUUCAUCAAAUGAUCAAUUUCAUUUUAAAUGAAGCACGUGACAAAGCUCAAGAAAUUGAAGCGAAAGCUAUUGAAGAUUUUAAUAUAGAAAAACUUAAAUUAGUUCAACAAAUGAAACAUAAAGUACGAGAGGAAUUCAAAUUGAAAUCCAAAAAACUGGAAACUGAGCGCUUAAUUGUUCGUUCAAAUGCUGCUAAUCAAGCACGUUUAAAAAAAAUGGAUAUGAAAUUUUCUUUGGUAAAUCAAGUAAUCGCGGAUACCACUACGCAAUUAACCAAAACUUUGUCUCACAAUACAACGUAUAAAAAUUUAUGUAUUAAUUUAAUUGUUCAGGGACUUUUAAAAUUAUUAGAAGAUGCAGUAUAUGUUCGUUGCCGCCCUGAAGAUGAAGCCUUAAUUAAAGAGUGCUUGCCGUUGGCAAGUGCUAAAUUUUCUAACACUUUAAAGGAGCAAGCGCAUGUCAAUCGUUCUGUCGUUAUUCAAAUUGAUAAAGAGUAUCAUCUACCACCGGGUGCUAAGUCGCCAAGUGUGCAGACCUCUGGAACAUGUUGUGGAGGGGUUAUCUUAAGUAGCAUAGACCGUCGUAUCCUCGUAGAUAAUACUUUGGAUGCUCGUUUACAAAGUAUAACAAAAAAUAAACUUCCAGCGUUGCGUUGUAUUUUAUUUCCUGAACCCCAAGAAAAAAAUUAAAAAAAGAAGAAAAAUCAGGUCACACUGUUAUAACUACUCCUUAAAGAACGGUUUUUUGAGUACUCUUACAAGGUUUUGAAAAGAAUACAUUGAUGAAUGUCACUGCUGUUGUACAAAACAAACACAGAUUCUUAGAGUGUCAUCAACUGACUUCUCCAUAAGAUGCUUACGCAUUGGCGUCUUUUAAAGAAUAAGUUUAAAAAAAUCAGCAUGUUGCUUGGAUUAGGAUACUAUUUUCUUUUCAUGUCUUUUCGAUCACAGGCAAGCUUUGUAAUUAUCCUUUUGAUGUCUAGGCAAAAAGAUUUUUUGGACAAACCCAAGCAUCAGGAAAGC